AACACGCGUAACCAGGCAACAGCAAGCAAACAUACAGUUCAAGUUCUGUCUGCUUCAGGAUUGUGAAGACUUCAUUCUGGAAAUAAGUGUUACGUUGUGGCUUUUCCUCGCUUAAUUGUCUCAUAAUGAACCCUCUGCCAUCCUCAGGCUCUGCCACAGCCGGCUACCGCUCAGCUAAAUACUCCCCAGCGGAGUGGUUCUCCAACUACCACAGCAUCCUUCAACAGGCCGCCACCAACCGCCGCGAAGCCGGCAGCAUCCAGCGGGAGUCCAAAGCUCUGUACCAGGACACUGAGGCGGCCACUUUGCAGACCCAGGCUGAGGGGACACGUCUUCUGGGGGAGAGACUGCAAGAGACCCACGACUGGAAAUCAGAGCUGCAACAGCACAUUCACCAGCUGCUGGCCGACACGGAGUCACUGUCGGCGCAGAAGACGAGGCUGGAGAAGGCGCUGUACGCCACCGAGAUUUCAUACGCCAUCGCCACAGACAACCUCAAAUGCAGGGCCAGGAGACCGGGACCGGACCUGGUCCGAGACGCUGUGGAGGAGGAGCUGCUGAAGGAAGUGGACUUGAUCAGGAGCGUCCAGGCUCUUCUGAAGAGGACUACGGCUGAAGUUGUCAGUCAGAUCAAGAUGAACAGAGACGUUAAGCAGAGGUUAGAGUUGGACUGGUCUGAUAAGUAUCAGGCCUGCGACUUUGAUGGCCGCAGUGGAGGAUUCAGUAACAUGAGCCCCGACACGCGGCACCACCCCAGCUCGGCCACCGUGCAGGACCAGGUGUGUAACUCCACAUCAUGGACAAAGUUUGCACAGUACAACCGGUCCAUGGCCUUGCAGGAAGAACGGGCCUCCAGCAGUCUCAGACUGCUGGUGGAGCGAGUGCUGCAGGACACCUCUCACGAUCUGAGAGUCCAGUGCUCCAGCGUGGACCGAGCUUUGAGUCAGCGCUGUGCAGAGAUGAUAGAGGCCAAGACCCAGCUGGAGAUGAAGCUCCGACAGAUCUUGGAGCAGAUCGUGGCUCAGGAGAAGAGCAUCGUGGCUAUUCAGCAGGCUAUCCACAACAAAGAGGCUCCACUGAGAGUAACUCAGUCCAGACUUUACCUGCGCUCCCUCAGACCCAACAUGGAGCUCUGCAGGGACCAGGCCCAGCUCAGUCUGGAGGGGGGGUUGAGGCAGAUUGAUGCCACUCUGGCUUCUCUGCGCCAGCAGCUGAGUGAGGCCAGAGGCUCCCUGUCCCACCUGGAGGAGUCACGCAUUACCAUCGAGAAGGACAUCCGCUGUAAAACCAACUCGCUGUUCAUCGACAGGGAGAAGUGCAUGACUCACCGCCAGCGAUACCCAGCCGUUUCCACUCUAUUGGGAUACUGAAGACGACGACUGUUUGUCUCUUGUCUGGCUUUGAUUUUCACAUUCUUUAAAAUUCUAGAUAUUUGAAGCCACCAAUAAAUAAAUAAAAAUGCAUUAAAUAAA